AAAUAGACGGAGAUAAGCUCAAAUAAGGUCUACGACAGUGUUCCAUCGGGCAUCGGUGGCGAGGGAUGGCUUCUUCGGGAACGAUCAGAUCUGACAUAUACGACAGAGAAGAACGCAAGCAGCAAUACCAAGCGCAUAUUCGUGGUUUGAAUGCUUACGAGCGGCAUAAGAAGUUUUUAAAAGACUACGUUCGAUUUUAUGGGACGGAUAAGCCAGCUGUGGUUAAGUUACCUGUUAAAACUGAUCAGGACACACUAAGAGAAGGAUACCGGUUUAUACGUUCUGAGGAAGAUGAUUUGAACCCUUCUUGGGAGCAAAGAUUGGUGAAAAAAUACUAUGAUAAGCUUUUUAAAGAAUACUGUAUAGCUGACAUGUCAAGAUACAAGACUGGUAAGAUGGGUUUAAGAUGGAGAACGGAAAAGGAAGUAAUGACUGGGAAAGGGCAGUUCAUGUGUGGGAGCAAACAUUGUGAUGAAAAGGAAGGGUUAGCAAGCUAUGAGGUGAAUUUUUCUUAUCAUGAAGCUGGAGAAGACAAACAAGCCCUUGUAAAACUCGUAGCUUGUGAGAGAUGUGCUGAUAAGCUUUAUUACAAAAAAAGAAAGGAGGGCGAAAGAUCAGAGAGUAAAGAAAAGAAAAAGCUGAAACGAAAACGGAAUCAAUCAUGCAGUGAAGAUGACACAGAUGAAGAGGAGAGGAGAAAAGGGAAAACGGGAAAGCGCAAGUCGGGAGGUGGUGAUAGAGAAGGCAAGGAUGAUGAAAACUUUGACGAAUACAUGGAGGGAAUGUUCCCAGGAAAGGGUGAUAAUUAGAGUUUCAAAAGGUGAACCUUCUGCAUCGUAGCAUACACUGAGUUUGAACCCCGAAAUGUAAAGACUUACAGAACCCCUUAUUUUACCUAAUGAAACUCAAUAUGAAUAUCGAGAUCUUGUCGUCAUAAUCUUUAGAACACAGACCAUAACAUGAAAUACUUUUAUUAU